AAAGCAUUCACACAAGUUUGUAACAACUUGAGUGUGAAUAAAUGGGAACUGUAUCUCUUUGUUAACCAUGAAAUAAUAAAUGAAAACAUCUGUAGUCUAAAAAAUGUAGUCAGACUGUUUGUUAGUAGACUUUUAGCUUACAUCCAAAGCAAAGUCUAUUAAAGCUCUAGAUUCACAACUUCUCCUUAAAUGAAACCUUACAGUAAAUGUCUUAUAUGUCAAUCAUAAUCAGAUUUUGUAUUUCCCCAUUUUGAGCUUGCAGCCCUUAUAUGUUUUCAGCACCUUUAUCAAUUCAUCUGCCACCAUUAUUUCCUGCCUGUAGAAACUGACAGCACUUGAAACUUGUCCUUCAGACUAUCUGCUAAAUUUUAUCAGUAAAUAUAAAAUACUGGACUCAUUCAGACAUCUUACAUUAAUUUCAGUGAUGUAAUGGGGAUCACACAGUAAAGCUUGCAAAUCCCACACACUUCCAGCCGUCUGGAUUUCCGGGUUGGAAUUCCCGAAAUGUGUCUCUUGUGCGGGAAAUGAGCAACCUAAAUACGGGCAGCGGCGUACCGGAAGCGGUGAUCUCCCGGCUCCGCUAACCGGACCAUUUAAAAUAAUUCGAAACCGAAAUCAGUCUAGUCCACUCCUCUGUUGCGUCACCUUAUUAGUCAAUUCAUUGGCUCGUUCCACCGCCCACUGCUUACAUUAGAAAGAGCGUAGUUUAAAUCAUGAGCAGACACUCACUGCAGCCCAGAACAGCUGCCUCAGGAUUCCUUUAACUCGUCUUACAACUCACUUCGUAGAAAUGACCGCAAUACGGAACAUUACCAAUUGACUGGUUCUGAGAGUAUACAUGCAAGCAUUUUCAUCUUUACUGUCGAAGAGCAUCCGUGGACUUGGAGAUGCCAGCUGCUCUCAUGGAAAACUUUGACCGAGGAAGUCCUUUUUCUCAAAGUGAUUCUCAAAGUCCUCAAGAAUGGAACACAUCAGAUCGCAGAGAGAAAAACAGAGAUGCAGCUCGUAAGAGUCGCAAGAAACAAACCGAGAAGGCAGACUUGUUGCAUGAGGAACUCCAGACUCUAGAGCAGGCUAAUGCUGCAUUUGUAAAAGAAAUUGCUGAUCUGAAGAAGCAGCUACAAAUCUACAAAACAGCUUUGGAACAGCAUGAACCUCACUGCACUAAACUAGGUUCAUUUGGACCACCAGCUAGUGUGUCAGGAGCUCCAUCCACAGCAACACCCUCUACCUCAGAUUACGUUUUGAGUCCAAACCUCUUGGCGGACAUUACAUUCUUACCAAACACUAAUUCAGUGUCACUAACAGAUCUCUUCGACUGGACUCCUUGGGACUCAAUGAAUGAUAAUGGGUUUCAGCUUUGAAGUGCUGUACAGUCAGGUACUGUACAUUUUAAGUUGGUGACAAGUUUGAUGACUUACACACUACUACAGAAAGAUUUUUACUGGGCUUAAAAAUGGUGCUAUAACAUAACCAAGAUGUGGAAAUGUUUCAUUUUAUAAUUUAUUCAAAUAUUAUUUACAGAUGGCAAUAAUUAAAUUGCAUGUAGCUUUGUGUUUAAAAUGGGCAUUAUUUUAUAUAUGUAUAUAUUUCUACAAGACUACAGCCUUUUAUGGCUAAGUAAUGCUUUAUUUUGUAUAGAGAAUUUCCUUUCUAUUUUUAUAAAUUAUAUUUUGUUGACUUAUAAAUUGUUUAUAUUUAAAUAUAAAUCAAUCAUGACGUGUAGUAAUAUCACUGUUUUAUGAGCAAUGGGCUUUGUUCAGGUCAGUGACUAAAAUGUCUUAUUAACGUUUUUGCUUUAUUCAGAAAGUAAAAGAAAUGUAAAAGAUUAUAUACAGUUGAAUUCAGAAUUAUUAGGCUUAAUUAUUUCGGCUAGCAUAAAAGCAGUUUUUAAUUUUUUAAAAAACAUUUUAAGGUCAAUAUUAUUAGCCCCUUUAAGCUUUUUAGUCUACAGAACAAACCAUAGUUAUACAAUAACUUGCCCAAUUACCCUAUCCUGCUUAGUUAGCCCAAUUACCCUAUAGUUAACCCUUUAAAUGUCAAGCUGUUUAAGCUGUAUAGAAGUGUCUUGAAAAGUAUCUAGUCAAAUAUUAUUUACUGUCAUCAUGGCAAAGAUAAAAUAAAUCAGUUAUUAGAAAUGAGUUUUUAAAACUAUUAUGUUUAGAAAAGUGUUGAAAAACUUCUCUUUGUUUCACAAAAAUUGGGGUAAUAAACGAGGUGUAAUAAUUCAGGGGGCCUAAUAAUUCUGACUUCUUCAACUGUGUGUGUAUGUACGUAUGUAUGUUUGUUUGUGUAAAAAAAUCGUGUCGUCCUUAAACGAGUGAAACAUGUUUUGUGUUGUAUAUGGUUACUUGAUUUUUAGAAUCAAUAAAUUGAAUGUGAUAUA